AUGCUCACCAUUCCCACCGACAGAGAGUUUCGCGAUGUCGCGGCCCGAGUCACUCUGCCCGCGGAAGAAUUCAUCCCAGAACCAGCAUCAGAAGGGAUCUGGCGACAUCUCCCAAGCGCACAAGAACCCAACGAACACGCCCAGAGGCUGGUCGAGCUGUACAAUAAAUUCUACGUAGGCUGA